AUGAAAACACAUCUCCUUUCGGUUCCAACGAAGAAAACUGAAGAGGUUGACUGGAUAAAACCUUUGGGUAAUUAUUUGGCUUCUAUUUAUGGGAAGAACUCUGAUUACCUGCAAGACAUACUAAACUUUAAUCAAUUAAGACAAGAUAUAAGAGAUGUUAAUGCAGAUGCCACUGGAGUAAAGUUAUAUUACAAAUACUAUAGUCAGCUAGAACUAAUUGACUUGAGAAUACCUUUCAGUUCAAUUAAUAAGCUGAAAAAGAUUAAUUUUACAUGGUACGAUGCUUUUCUGCCAUCGAUAGUACAUAAGCAAGCAUCUUUGCCCUUUGAGAAAGCAAAUGUCCUCUUUAAUUUGGGUGCAAUGCUCUCCAGGUGUGCUUUGAGAACUUAUGGAGAUUCUUUGAGAAACUCUUCUAAUGAAUCCUCAGAGAAUUUAACAAAGGAAACACUCGUACAUCUUCAACUGGCCGCUGGAAUUUACGAUUUCUUGAAUGAAAACUUCUUGCAUGCUCCCUCUAAUGACUUAUCAAAGCAAACAAUCCAGUUUUUAAAGAAGUUGAUGCUCGCACAGAGUCAAGAGAUUUUUGUUUUGAAAGUAAUCAGCGGUGAUGUAGAACAGACAAAAAAUUCAUUAAUAGCAAAAUUAUGCCUAAGCACAUCAGUACACUUUGAGGAGUGCUUCAAAAUGAUUCAUCAUUUACUUAAUGGAACUCAUGAGCCCGAAUUCGCUAUCAUUGACACAGCUGAAGAAGAUUUUAUAGAAACACCAGACCGAGAGACCGAAGAAGAAAAUGAGGUUUCAGCAAACAUAGACCCUUUAUGGAUAGCAAUCACCAACUUUAAAUUUCAUUUUUACCAGUCAUUGGCAAGUUAUUUCAAUGGCUUAGCUUUGGAAAGUUCCAAGAAAUAUGGAGAGGCAAUCGCUUAUCUUUCUAAAUCUUUAGAUAUUCUUAAUGAUAUUUCAAAUUCCAAUUUAAAGGCACUAGCAAAGGCAGAGAGCGGAGACGUAUACGAACUUUUAGACAAUUUCAAAUAUCAAAAGGAUGCUGUCAACAUAAAGUUAACUGAUUUGAACAAAGACAAUGAUUUUAUAUACCAUGACAUAAUUCCUUCCAUUAACACAUUACCUGAAAUUAAACCGAUGGAUAGUGCUAAGGUCAUUGCCCUCACAAAGAAUUCCAAAUUCAAUGAGAUAAAUGAGUAUAAUUACGAGAAUUUUUUGCAUAAUGUUGUUCCAAUUACCAUUUAUGAAUUGUUAAGCUACUAUUCUGAAGAAAAGUCCCAAUUUUUAAGAAAUGAAUUAGAUUUGGUUGACGUUUCGAAUGAAGAGAUGGCGUCUGCCUUGGAAUACAUGAAAAUGCCAAAAUCAGUUGUUCACGUAAAAGAAAUUCUCACAAGUAAUAAGGCUAUCGAAAAGGGAAGCCUUGACAUAGAUGGUGAAAUUUUUAAUAUUGCUAGGAUUAUUUCAUCUCAGUUUGAUAAUGACUCCUCAAAUAUGCAAAAGAUUAUUCAAAGACGAAAACAAAUAUAUUCCAUAAUAUCUGAGUGCGAAUCUGUUUUAUCACAGCAAAUAUCCCACUCAUCAAUGGGUCUCAAAGAUAGCCUAAUUAAAUUGAAGAAAUCGUUGUAUGAUGCAAGUAAUUCAGAUUCUAAAAUAUUAGGAUUGAUCAAUGGCGACAAUGCUCAAUUGUAUAAAACACUUGGUAAGGGACCAAACUCUUCAGAUUUCAAGACACUAUUUGAGCCUCUGAACAGUAGACAAGACUUUUCCCGCGCUGAAGAGCCAAGUCUCUUAGAUAUGGAUUUUACACAAACUGAAACCAAACCAGAGGAAUAUAUCCAGUCCAUUGAAAAUUGCUUACACGAUUUGCAUACCAUAAAGACGAGCAAAUCCAAAUUAGUUGAAAGUUUAAAAAAGGAAAUCCAUAAUGAUGAUAUAUCAGAUAUCUUAAUAUUGAACAGCAAAACCAAAUCAACUAAUGAAAUUAAGACUGUAAUCUUUGCUGAAGAAAUGAAAAAGUUUGAGCCUUAUAACCAGGAAUUAGAUAAGUUGAUAGCAGACCAAAAACGAACUAUUAAAGUCUUGACUGAGGAAUGGGAAAAAUUGACCUCUGAUCCAAAGGUGAAAAAGAUACAGUCUUCGAGUGAGUUUAAGCGAACACUUAUUAGCGACCAGAGCGAGCGAAUCACCGAUUUCUACAACAACGUUUGGAAAGCGUAUAGUGAAGGAUUAAAGAGAGGAGAUGAAUUCUAUAAUCAAUUAUUAAAUUAUGCUGAAAGAUUAAAAAACAAAAUAAAUAUUGAUACUCAAGGGCCGCCUGUACGAAGGGAUAGUUCCUUGAGUGAUAGCUUUGACGGCCUUGAUCUAAAUCCUCAUCGAGAAAAAUCAUUUGGAGUUUCGGCUUCCCCAAAAUUUUAUUCCAGCGCCAGACCAUCUGUUUCUUCUUCGCAGGACUUUGGUACAGGUUCAUUGGCUAGGAGCGAUACAGGGUUAUCUAAUGUGUCUAACUUCAGUGGCUACAGUAGACCGGCUCCUCUGCUUCCAAAUCGGCCCCAGUCCCAAGUCCCUCCUCAGCUUCCUCCCAAAGGAAUACAACAAGGCUCAGCGAUGAAGGGCAUAGACAACCAAGGUGAUAGAUUACCACAGCCUCCCUGGAGACCGUCGGAAAGCGCACAAGAGGAUGAAUUGAUCUAUAAUCAACCUUCUACUUAUCAGCCGAACAUGUAUAAUUUCUUUUCUAAGACACAGUAG